UGCUGCAGUUGCUCCCAUCCUGGUGUCCUCUUCUUGAGAGCUGCCUGUGUGGAGACCUUCCAGCUCCAGGUCAAAGAAAAUAACACCUGGGAGACGCCUGAUCAUCUCCAGUAAAACCUCCUCACUGCUCUGCCAAAGCUGAAGAUGGAUGCCCUGUGCUGAACCCUUCUGACUGUGGUAAGAAGAAAAGCUCCAGCAGGACUUUCUGGUUCAGACCACUCAGCACCACAAUGUCUGGAAAGGGUAAGGCUGGUGCUGAAGGUGCUGCCGACUCCUACAUUCCAUGCCACAUAGACUCUGAGUUUCGCUACAACCUCUUCACUGUUUUCUACAGCAUCAUUUUCAUCCUGGGCUUUGCUGCCAACUGCUACGUGCUGUGGAUCUUCAGCCGCAUCUACCCCACCAAGAAGCUGAAUGAGAUCAAGAUAUUCAUGGUGAACCUGACGGUGGCUGACCUGCUCUUCCUGGUGACGAUGCCCAUGUGGAUUGUGUACUAUCACCACCAUGGGGACUGGAUCAUGCCCAGCUUCCUCUGCAACGUGGCUGGCUGUUUGUUUUUCGUGAACACCUACUCCUCCGUUGCCUUUCUGAUGGUCAUCACCUACAACCGUUACCAGGCCGUGACCAACCCCAUCAAAGCUGCUCAGUUCACCACCCAGAGAAGAGGAAUCUACUUAUCAGCAGCUAUCUGGAUCAUCAUAGUGGGGAGCUCUUUGUACUACCUCUUUGACAACAACACUAACCAGGAGAAGGUGGGCUCCAGGAAUUUCACGCGGUGCUUCGAGCGCUACGAUUCCUCUGGCAGCGUCUCGGCGGUGCUCGCCAUUCACGUCAUCAUCUGCAUCCUCUUCUACAUCAUCUUCCUCUUCAUACUGGGCUGGAACAUCAUCAUCAUCAGGACCCUGUUCUCCAAAUCAGGGCAGCCACGGAAGAGUGCCCACGUGAAGCAGAGGGCACUCUGGAUGGUCUGCACGGUGCUGGCAGUGUUCAUCAUCAGCUUUGUGCCUCAUCACAUCGUGGACCUGCCCUGGACCCUGACCGUCCUGGAGCAGUGGAAGAAGGAGAACUGUCAGCUGCGCCAACAGCUCAAUGACGCUCACCAGGUGACUCUGUGCCUUUUGAGCACAAACUGUGUGCUGGACCCUAUCAUCUACUGCUUCCUCACCAAGAAGUUCCAGAAGCACGUUUCAGAGAAACUGAAAAGCAUGAAAGGGAGCCGCAAGUGCUCCAGGCAGACCACGGACACAGUGAUUGAGGGAACCAUUCACCAGGAGGAUGACGUUGGGAUCUAGUGCAGCUCUGCUCUGGCUGCAGACUGAGGUGUGUGAAUCAGUCAUUCAGCUCAGGGAGACACACUGAGGGACACAG